CAGCAUACCCAGGGGCCUUUUCUAGAUAAAAUUGGUCACCCCUGUCAUAAGUAAUUUAAUGUCCAGCACGUUUAAUCGAGAUGUGGCAGUACCAUUGCUGGAGGACAUGGUGGAGGCAGUUUGUUUAAAAAGAGGCGAGUUUCCUGGCGGUCCGGUACUGCCGAUAUUACUGAAUUCUCAAUGACCGAUUGCUGGCAUUUUCGAACCGGUCGAGUUGGGUAUUGGAGUGAGGAGAAGGGGGCCCGGUUGUGCGUGUCCAGUAGGGGGCGCAGCCACUCCGUUCAGCCGUAACGUUAAGGCAAAGGGGCACAGGGAGCCCCCCCCCCCCCCCGGCUCUUCGGGGUCAGCACGGGGGAGUCGAUACUUUCCAAAGCUCUGCGUGGUCCGGUCCAAAAUCGCCAGCGCCACGAGUCCGUGAGAUCGCAGUCCGCACCGUGUCAGUCAAAGAGCUGAAUGUCCUCGCUUGCAGCGAUCCCUGACAGUGCAUAGCGGAGUCUCCCACCGCGGGUCGGCGUGGUUCUCCUGAACCGGGCCCAACCGAACCGGCCCGGGUCGCUGCGCGUUUCCUCCUCCGCCUGUAGAGGGAGUUCCUGGGAAGACUCGCAGAGCUGAAGACUGACGGACAGACAGCUGCUGGGGGAGAGGGGCAGGCAAAGCCCGCUGCCGGACCGCCGCCUGGGGAAUAGAGCGUCCCUCCUCCACCGCGGCGGAGACAAAGAGACGCGGAGGCAGCGCUUCGGCUAAACGGGAGAGAAGGAGGCCGGCGGCGGUGAAGCUGAGCAGGAACCGGCGCCGGGCUGCCGACUGCCGCCACCCUGGGCUGAAUGCGCCAGGCCUGCGCCUCCCCAGCGAGCCGCCAUGGGGGAGACAAAAAUUAUCUACCACCUCGACGACCAGGAGACCCCCUACCUGGUGAAGCUGCCCAUCGCGGCCGACCGGGUCACUCUGGCGGACUUUAAAAACGUCCUUAACAAGCCCAACUACAAAUUCUUCUUCAAGUCCAUGGACGAUGAUUUCGGGGUGGUGAAGGAGGAGAUCUCGGAUGACAACGCCAAGCUGCCUUGCUUCAAUGGCCGAGUCGUGUGCUGGCUGGUGUCGGCGGAUGGGGCACAGUCAGACGGUGGCUCUGUGUGUGCUGACAGCCAGUUGGACCUGCCCCCUCCCUUGGAACGCACCGGGGGCAUUGGCGAUUCCAGGCCUCCAUCAUUCCAUGCCAAUGCUGCAGCCAGUCAGGACAACCUGGACAAUGAGACGGAGACGGACUCGGUGGCGUGCGUGCGGCGAGAGCGCGAGAGGCCUCGCCGGAGAGACACGAGUGGUCGCAUGAAUGGACACUCGCAGCGGGCGGAGCUGGGGGGCUAUGAGAGCUCCUCCACCCUGAUGAGCAGUGAGCUGGACACCACCAGCUUCGUGGACUCGGAGGAGGAGGACGCAGCCAGCAGGUUCAGCAGCUCCACUGAACAGAGCAGCUCUUCCCGUCUGAUGCGGCGGCAUCGCCGUCGGCGACGGAAACCCAAAACCCCCCGCAUGGAAAGGUCAUCGUCCUUCAGCAGCAUCACUGAUUCCACCAUGUCGCUGAACAUCAUCACAGUCACCUUAAACAUGGAGAAGUACAACUUCCUGGGCAUCAGCAUCGUGGGGCAGAGCAACGAGCGGGGAGACGGGGGCAUCUACAUCGGCUCCAUCAUGAAGGGUGGAGCGGUGGCGGCGGACGGCCGUAUCGAGCCCGGGGACAUGCUCCUGCAGGUGAAUGACAUUAACUUCGAGAACAUGAGCAACGAUGACGCGGUGAGAGUGCUGCGGGAGAUCGUGCACAAGCCGGGCCCCAUCACGCUGACUGUGGCUAAGUGCUGGGACCCCAGUCCCAGGGGCUGCUUCACCCUGCCCCGCAGUGAACCAAUCCGUCCCAUUGACCCGGCCGCCUGGGUGUCCCACACCGCUGCCAUGACGGGGGCAUACCCUGUCUACGGCAUGAGCCCUUCCAUGAGCACCAUCACGUCCACCAGCUCCUCCAUCACCAGCUCCAUCCCCGAGACGGAGCGCUUCGACGACUUCCACCUGUCCAUCCACAGUGACAUGGCAACUGUUGCCAAGGCGAUGGCCUCCCCUGAGUCAGGGCUGGAAGUGCGGGACAGGAUGUGGCUGAAGAUCACCAUCCCAAACGCCUUCAUAGGAUCGGACGUGGUGGACUGGCUGUUUCGCCACGUGGAGGGCUUCACCGAUCGCCGUGAGGCGCGCAAGUACGCCAGCAACCUGCUGAAGGCCGGCUACAUCCGCCACACUGUCAACAAGAUCACCUUCUCUGAACAGUGCUACUACAUCUUUGGGGACCUUUGUGGCAACAUGGCCCACCUCUCCCUGCAAGAGCAAGAUGGCUCCAGUGGAACGUCAGACCAGGACACUCUGGCCCCUCUCCCUGUACCCGGGGCAGUGCCCUGGCCCCUGGCUUUUCCCUACCAGUACCCUAUCCCGCAGCCCUACAGCCCGCACCCCGCACUGGAGCCCUACGGAUUUCCCGCAGUGGGGGGCAGUGCUGGCAGCCAACCGAGUGAAGGGAGUCGCAGCAGUGGCUCGAAUCGCAGCGGCAGCAAAAAGGAGACGAAGCCGGGAGCAGGAGCGGCGGAGUCCAAAUCGGGCGGCAGUGGCAGUGAGUCCGAGCAUCGGCGAGAGAGGGCGCCCAGCGAGCGCUCUGCGGCGCCUCCCAGUGAGCACAGCGUGCGCAGUGCCCAUUCCCACGCUCACAGUCUGCCGUACGGCCCUCCUGGCCUGCCCCCACAGCCCCCGACGGCAGUCUCCCUAGCCCUGCCUGGAUCCCCCCCUGGCCGUGAUCUGGCCUCUGUGCCCCCUGAGCUGACAGCCUCACGCCAGUCCUUCCGCAUGGCCAUGGGCAAUCCAAGCGAGUUCUUUGUGGAUGUCAUGUGAUCAGUGUCAGCUGACUAGAGGGCCUGUCUCAUUCAUGCUGAGAGAUGGGGGUGUGAGAGAUGGAUAGAGCGUAACAGCGGUUGUCUGUGCCGCUGCCCCCUUCCCAUCAUCCCCGGCUGCAGCUUGUGGCUGCUACUUUCUUCAGUGAAGAACAAAAAAACCAGCCUUCUUUCCCCAAGAACCAGUUCUGCGUCCUUCCCGCCAAGCACUCUGUCCCGUGUCUAGGGGGGGGGCCCUAGCCUUUGCCAUGUCGCUUGUCCUUUUGUCUCCUGUCCCUGCUUCUCCAGUGUCUCACUUUAUAAGGAGAAAGCAGAGUUUCACUUUUCAUUUCUCACGGACUGAAUGUGAUGCGUUUCAUGACGGAUUAAACACAACGACACCGUGGGUAUAAAUCUAGCUGACUGGUUUACUUUGUCCUGUUGGUUUCCUUUUUAUUUUUCCAUAAAAAUGUUAGGGGUGAGAGGAAGAUGUUCUGAGUAAAGGUGAUUGUGUUUGAUCUGCUCUAAAGACCCGGAUUAAAAGAAUAGGAGAGGGUAGUCUUUUCUGGGCUGAAUGAGGUACUAUUAACAGCUUUUUCUGCUAACCAGCAGUGAGUUGCCAUGGUAAUGUGCCAUCAGGCAGCUGGUGUUUAUCUGUGUAGGGUGUGAGUGAUGCUGUCCGGCCCACAGCGUCGAUGUGGCCUUCACAGGCCACAUGCAUGUGGAAUAACGGAGAGCACGCAGACUGACCGCAGGAGCAAGUUGGUGAAUGCCAGACUUCUCCUUUCCCCUCUCGGCACAUUUCGGAGGUUUUACUGUUUCUUUCUGCAUACUUCAUUAUUAACAUUAAAAUUCUGUAUCCCGUUUCUCAUUUGUAACAUUAAGCCUUUCUGCAUUUUUGUCCUGACUACAUUUAUCUUUGGUUUUUAAUAAUUAGCAGAUGAUAAUGUAUAGCGACAAACAUCCGAUUUCAUACAUACUGUACGGUAUGCUGUUUUAUGGAAAAAUGUUUUUAUUUAUAAACAUAGUUUUAUUGCCUAAAA